CCUAUCUACUGCUUCACUUUCUAGUUGUAUUGCCCUGACUUAUAGAAAGCGAUAAGCAGUUACCGUAAUACGGUUUCAAAACAUUGUCACAAGGUUGCGUGUUUAAUCUCUUUUCAUGGAUUUACAAUGCCUGUUGAUCUUCGAAGUUAAUGGAUAGAACUUCCACAAGUUUCUUCCCUUGUUCACCUACAUGCCUACCCUACCUACCUCGCCUCUUCAGUCUUUAUUGCACGUUAAACAUCUAUUAUCUAUCUUCUCUUUCUUUAAACAAAAUCUACAGUCACUAUAUAACCAAGAAUUUGCAGUCGCGUUGUCAAAAUGCCUGAAAUUGAUGAUGACGUGCCUUUUCUCCUUCGAGAUCGUCGUAUAAAGGCCGUGAGGGAUAGAUUCCAUCGCCCACCAACAGGUAUUCUUUCUGUCUUUUAUCUCUGUCAACUUUCCAUCAUCGAGCAUUUCUAAACUUCAAGGGCUAACAAUGCUACAUCAGCCAACGAGCUACGCGCCAUUGAUGCGCUUCCACUCGAACUCCGAAAGAACCUCAAUGAUACCUCUCCAAAUGGCCAGAAAAUCUACGACCUUUUGAAAGCAUUUGAGAAGAAUGGUUAUAUUGAAGGUCUAGAAGAAGCUGGGAGACUACUUUGGGCCCAGGUUUUUGCGGAACCAGAUUUUAGUCAGAUGCCCAGAAGGGAGCCAAUAUCAACAACGGGAGAUACUGCCACAAGUGAGUAUGCUGAGGUCAGGUAUACGGCUAGCCGGAGGGCUUCUAGUCAGCCAAAAGAGAAGCCUGCGCAGCUAUCAGCUGCCGAGGAAGUACUUUCAAUCAAUACUACAUCAAAUGCCUUUAGUGGUUCUUCUCAUAAAUCUUGGAUGACGAAAGGAGUUUCAGUAUCACCAAGUCCCCGACGUGCUAGCAUUUCAUCGACUGAGAAUGAUAAGAAUGAUGGGCCUGCUACUUCUGACUUCCAACCUCAAUCUACUCCACCAAUUCCAUUUUGUCCCGCACAAUCUGGUCAACAAACACAAAACCAUGCAUUUACUUUUGUCGGCCAAUUUCCUGGAGCUUCACCAAAUAUCUACAGCAGCGGGGUUUAUACAUCUUGGUCACUGAACUCCAAUUUUCAGGAACAUCAAUAUGCAAGUCCGUAUUCAUCACAGGGCCCUACAAGCUCUAUGUCUUCGGUCCAAGAAAGACGAGACGAGACACGUGAUCCCAUCUCCCAUUUUAAUUAUACCUCAAAUGAAUUAAAUGAAUAUGACCGAGCGAUGGUGAAUCCAUAUGACACCACGAAAUCUCACUACUUCGCCACUUUGGAGUCAAAUAGACGCGAUCCAAAUCCAUUUCCCUAUUCAGCACCUCAACAUCUCCCAUCGAGGUAUCAAACUUCUGGCAUGUCGUCUCCUGCUAAUAAUUAUGCACAUCCUGCUCCUUCUUCCAUGAGGAAAGAUCUCAUUCAGCCAUCAAAUGAUACAGUCUAUCCAAAUCAUACAAUCCCAGGUUCAAGUGGUAAGCCUUACGAUCCUUCAACUCCUCCCUUCCAUCCAGCGAUAUCACCUCAGGCACAGGCGCUCUUUUCACGUAAAGAAGAGAAAGAGAAACACAAACUCGCUCGUAUAACCUCGAAUAUCCACCAAUCGCUAUCGAAUCUACCAGAGAGCCAUGGAAGUCAGCAAGUUACUUCCAGCUCCGGAAUGGCUGCUGCAAAUACCCCAGAAAAUAUGGCAAAUACUGAUCAGACAAGUCAAGCCAUUACACCAAAUGCAUCCAAUCUUACAUAUGAAAGUCCCUACUCUGCUACUUCUUCUUCUUCUAUGACACCGGAAGAAUCCAGUAGCAAUCCUUUCGUUAUUCGUGGUGACAUGGGUUUUAUACGUACUUUUCAAUCUGAGUCUGGUAUGUAAUCGACUUACCAACCAUCCUCAACAUUAAUUCACAAAAUCUUACGUAUCAAGGCCCUAAUUCAAUCCCAAUCAUUCCGCAACCAAUUACUUCCGAAAGAAUCUGUACAUCUUCCUCCACUGAUACUGAUCUUACUGCCACUGUUCCAAAUCCCCUUCAACACACAAGUAAAAAAGCCCGAACUCCUCUUCCAAACGCCCGUCUUCCACAGUUUGGAAAAUCGAUCCCCGACAAGCCGAGCCCCGGCACAAUUUUCAGCACCAACACCAAACACGACCUCUUAGUUUCCAAACCCAAGAGAGGAAGCAUGCAAGCUUUAAUUUUUCUUCCUCCAGAAUUUCCUCAGAUAGAUAGAGCGUCCGGUUCUGCCUCAUACCAAUACGAUAAAACCGAUUAUUCGAGACUUCCUACCAAGAAUCUGAAUGUAGAUCUCGACGUUCAAGCAAACUACACUUCCCAUUUACCAGCACCAAAAGAACCAUCCUUUUCAUACCGCGACUCUUCCCUCAACACCACUGCUGAAUUCACCUUCUUCGAUCCUUACAAUGACAACGAAGACACAUACACCGCAUAACCCGCAUAACCCGCAUAACCCGUCCCCAUUCCUCCCUCUAGCCCGCACAUCCCUCAAAACCCCCACACCACCCAUCCCGG